GUUGUUUGUGUUCAAAUGCAGAAGGAGGGAAGGAAGUGCCUCCCUCCUAGUUGCAUAACCUUAUUUUUCUUUCACCUUGAUGCAUUUCCAUACAUUUAUCAAACCCCACGCAAAACAGCAAAUCGUGCUCUCUUUGUUUCCUUCUCACCAGAUUCCUGAACUCAUGAUUGUCAUCUUACAACAUGGAUCUCGAAAUGGAGGAUCUUCAUAAUACCACUGAUACAUGUGUCUUUGAGUAUUGUGGGAUGGGAGAAGAUACAUUGGAAGAGGGAGAGUUGAUUGAAGGGCCGCCGCAGAUCCCUAAUUUCAGAGCAUUUAAGCUCGCUACAUUUAAAGCCAGGGAUGAAGCAGAUCGUCUUGCCAAAACAGAAACAUGGGAGGAUAAUUUGACGAGGGAGAAAGCGCGGAAUAAGCUUAUUGGAAACGUGGAAAAAGCGACAUGUACACGAAAGCUUCAAGCGGAAGUACCUCUUACUUCUUCCACCCCUUCGCCAUCGCCCCAGGACUCAAUGUGUAGUAAUACUCGGCAGGGAUCCAUGGAUUCUGAGAUGAGUGGUUGGACAGAAGAAGAAGCAGAGCAGGAUAUCCACGAUGAAAUCUAUGGGGAUGCGUACGAGGAUAUAUAUGGCGAUUGUUAUUGGGACGCGAAUGUAGAUAUACAUGAAGAGAAUCUUGUUUCAGAAAGUCUCUCGCGUACAAGACGGAAGAAACCGAAUCGAAGAAAACAAAGGAAGAAGGCAAAAGAGCUUCAAUCUUCGCUACAAACCCAUGGAUUACUUCCUGUCCCUGUUCCUCUUUCUCUGCAACCUCUACAGGAGAAAUCAAUUGGAACGGCUUUGCAUCAUAAUGAUACGGCUCUUCGUCCCAAGCCAAAUAACAACCAGCAGGAAGUUAGUAGGGAAAUAACUAUGGAGCGAAGCGGUUCUGGAGUAGUUACUCUGCAGCAAGAGCGUCUGAACAAAAUCGCGGAUCUACGCAAGAGAAUAAUGGCACGCAAAGCUUUGCUACAAACACAGGGUCUACUUCCUGUAUCCCCUUCUCGGCAAAAUGCGAAAGAGAUUUCUAUUCGAAUUCUCCAAGAUGAUAACACCGAAGCCAACAUCUUUGGACCUCAUAACCUCCAGGAAGAGGGAAGAAGACGGAAAACUCUCUCGAGAGUGAAACUUGGAAGUCUCGGUUCCGGAUCCAGCCCACAGAAGAAGGAUCCAAGUCAACAUAUCAUGAAGAGCCCAAAAACAUAUCAAGUCAGGCUACAAGAGCUGAGGGAUAAGAUGAGAGAAAAUAUACAACAAAGUACAUUGGCUCGACAAAAAACAUAUGGGAAGGCAACUUUCCCUCCUCAGUCUACGCAAAACAAUUCCCAGAUUAUUUGUAGAAGUCAUGAAAACAAUGCUCCAACCUCACUUCAGCAGGAGAAAGAUGCUACAGUGGAUAAAUAUCGAGAACCAAGUACUUCAAUACCAAACGAAAUUAGAGUGUUGAUAGAGAGAGAGGAGCGAAGACAAAGAUCAUCGGUACUAGAUAGUAUUGGGUUGGCGCAAAAGAGAAAAGAAAAACAGGACCAAGAGCUUUCGGCACCGGAACGCAUCAGAUUAUUAAUAGAGACUACCAAAUCGAGGAGCGUGCCUAUCAAGGUUUUCGAUGUCGCGGAGAAGAUAAACUUAGCGAGAGUGCCAAAACGAGCUGCAUUUUUGGAGAAUAGUUCAUCGUUUCACGCACCUUCUGCCUCUCAAAACCCUUGGCAGAAAAAUUCUUCUUUACACAGUGAUGGAAGUCGAAAAAUUUCACAACUUGAGCGUGAGCAAGAGACUUUCCCCCCGGAAAUGGCGGAAGACGGGGAACCCCUUCCAGCACUGAAAGAUACUGAAUUUCUACCGGAGAAUUUGAACAUGGAAACAGACCCUGUUAUUGAAUAUGAAGACCAGGAAGAAGCUACCAAAUCAUUUCCCAUAUCCCAAAACAUUGGGGAUAUAUUAGACAAUACGAGGCGGUACGGCACAAAAACUGAAGAAGUCAUGCAAGAGACUUCACUGAGAUCUGACGCCAUGAUUGAGGAUACGUCAGAAGAUAUCUGGCCUAGGGCUAUUUCCGAGAUUUUCUCACACCUUUUGUUCAUGUCGGAAGAGUUCGAAGAAAUCAUAAAUAUGGGAAAUGAAUGGUUUGGCUGGCUAGGAAUGGAUACUGAUAUUGAUACCGACAUUGAAGAUUUGAUCGAUCCAACUAUAUCCUCACCUAAUACGACUAUCGAGUACCUAUCGGAACCAGAAGAUAGCGCACCGAGAGCCACGUCCGAUAUCUUAUCAGAACUAUUUAUCAUAUCAGAAGAUUUCGAAGAUAUGAUAAACACAGAGGAUGAGUGGUUUGGUUGGCUGGGGAUGGAUAUCGAUGUUGAAGAUUUCGCGGGAGGACUAGAAUGGAUAGAAGAGUGAGAAAGUUUUCAAAUAUUAUGGGAUUUUAGGAACUCUUGGGAAGGUGAUGGACUGGGCUGGCUAGGUGCUAACACCCAUAAUGACGAGGUCCAAAUAUCUGUAUCUAUUGGAAGUCAACUGUAGAGUUUAUCUCUACCUGUGAAUGUUAUGAAGAUGUUCUGUACAGGUCUUGAAGCGUUAAGGGAAGAGGUUCUUUUAUUUAAUUCAAGUUCCAAAGAGGAGGUGGCUUGUCUUUUCUGUGGAGUGGAAUGUAGGAAGCAUAUUCAUAUUGGCAGUUGCUAGAAUAUUUUUGUGAUAUAUUAUCUAAAGCGGAUUGGUUUGUCUGCAGGAAGCAUUCGGAUGUACACCAGCAAACGUGCAUACCAAUAAACUCUGAAAACA